CCACCUGGCCCUCCUGGUCCAAAAGGUGAUAAGGGGGAUCAAGGCGACCAAGGUCCACGGAUGGUCUUCCCUAAAAUCAAUCAUGGGUUUCUUUCUGCUGAUCAGCAGCUCAUAAAGCGUCGGCUCAUUAAGGGAGAUCAAGGUCAGGCUGGUCCUCCUGGACCUCCAGGGCCCCCAGGACCACCCGGCCCCCGUGGUCCCCCAGGAGACACAGGGAAGGAUGGACCCAGAGGUGUGCCAGGCCUGCCGGGAGAACCAGGAAACUCAGGGGAAGUGGGACCAAUGGGACCUGAGGGGCCUCCAGGACAAAAGGGCUCUCUUGGGUCCCCUGGGAUUGCAGGUGUGGACGGCCAGAAGGGGGAACCAGGUUUGCCAGGGAUAGAUGGAACACCUGGAAUCAAGGGUGAAAUAGGAGAAUGGGGUGAAAAGGGCGACUCUGGGGAGCCUGGCCAGAAAGGGGACAUGGGCGCAAAGGGGGAAUCUGGUUCAUCUGCAGCUGGGAUAAAGGGUGAACCAGGAGAAACUGGCCGUUCAGCGCAGAAGGGUGAACCAGGUCUACCUGGGCUUCCCGGACUUCCUGGGAUAAAGGGCGAGCCAGGUUUUAUGGGUCCUCAGGGUGAGCCUGGGUUACCAGGGUUACCAGGAACAAAGGGAGAAAGGGGAGACUCUGGCCCACCUGGGAAAGGGGAGCGAGGAGAAAGCGGUCCUCAUGGGCCAAAGGGGGUUCCUGGGGAGGCUGGAGCCACAGGCCCCAAAGGGUCAAAGGGUGAUUCUGGAGAGACAGGUAAAUUAGGAGCCAUGGGGCCCAGGGGUCCACCAGGGCAAAAGGGUGACCAAGGAGCCACAGAGAUAAUUGACUACAAUGGAAACAUCCACGAAGCACUGCAGAGGAUUACCACUCUAACUGUCACGGGUCCCCCAGGACCACCUGGACUGCCAGGACAUCAAGGGAUAAAGGGAGAGACAGGAGCCCAAGGGAAUCCCGGGCUGGAUGGCGAGCAGGGUCCCAAAGGUUCAAAAGGUGACAUGGGUAUCCCGGGCAUGUCAGGAGAGAAAGGAGAAAUAGGUCUACCUGGAUUGCCAGGCGCUAAUGGCAUGAAAGCAGAAAAGGGAGAUUCUGGUUUACCUGGUCCUCAAGGUCAAUCUCUUAUUGGUCCUCCUGGAGCUCCAGGGCCCCACGGCUUACCAGGCCCAAUGGGACCUAAUGGCUUACCUGGACCCAAGGGUGAACCAGGGUUGCAUGGUCUUAAAGGAGUGAAGGGUGAGCCAGGGCAUAAGGGUGACAGAGGACCCCUUGGUCUCCCAGGAGCGUCUGGCUUAGAUGGCAAGCCAGGACCCCGGGGUAUGGACGGUCCAGUAGGUCCUUCAGGCCCGGCUGGCCCAAAAGGUGACAGAGGUGAAAGGGGACCAGCUGGUGAACCUGGGCCUAGAGGACCAUAUGGAUUACCUGGCACAGAGGGGGCCCCUGGAUUGGAUGGAUUACCAGGUCUGAAGGCAGAGAAAGGAGAUCCUGGUGAAAGGGGAGAAAAGGUGUCCUUUAUAAGAAGAGAGAGAAAUGUUGUUCUCACCACGCCAUUGUGUCCACAGGGGGAAAAGGGAAAGAAGGCCAAAAAAGGGCCUAAAGGGGAGAAAGGAGAACAGGGUGCCCCUGGAUUAGAUGCACCUUGCCCAUUGGGAUUCCGGGGAUUUAAGGGUGAAAAGGGGGAGCCAGGUCAGCCUGGCCUGGAUGGGCUGGAUGCCCCCUGCCAAUUGGGUCCAGAUGGACUACCAAUGCCUGGAUGCUGGCAGAAGGGAGUCACACCAUGGCUGGUGGCUUGAAAAGAUAUAAUCCCAGAUUUUGUAAAAUCUUCAGCAAUUUAAACCAGCAGUUCUUCAACUCCAGUUGUGUGGGCCAUGUGCCCACAUCUGCAUUUCUUCCUUUGUGCAUGCAACAAGCAGCAUUUGUUAUUUCGGCAAGGAUACAAUAUGGGUGCUGACCCUACAGUAUGGAUCAGCACGGAUUGAUUUAGACUCAAGAGGAUUUGGAAGAGCAUCGGCAGUACUGAGCUGGAAGAAGGUCCGCAAUGGAUUCACAAUGCUUGAGUUUCACAGGUUUGACCAUGGAUUUCACACAUCGCAGACCAAAAGAAUGGUUUUGCCGUCACUUGUGAGGCAAAUGUUAGGUUGAAAGAAAUUGAAACAAGUAGUGUUUGACCAGCUUCUAUGAGAAACAAAAUGGAUGACUUACUGCCUUUUAGGAGUGAGGGUUGAACUGUUAAAAUGACAGGGCCUUAGAGGAAGGGUUAUGACAGGAUUGCAUUGAUGCAUUUUUUUAUUCAUGAUGCAUAAUAGCCUAUUGUGCCUCAAGGACUCGUAACUCUUUUAUUUUGUUGGAAACAUACAGCAAACUUCACAAACAUUUGUGUUUGAGGAAUGGUACUUUUUAUUGUAUAACAUGUUGCAGUAUUAAACCAUCUAAGAUUACUGUAUUAUCUUCUUUAAAGACACUCAGAUUUAAAAAAGAAAAAAAUAUAUAUUAAUAAUGAUUUAUCAUAUUAUUAUUUCAAGCUUUGACUGUAACAGAAAAUGAUGGAUCUGCAAGGAACUCUAAAAGGAAAUGGAUAGUAGUGGCUACCAAAUAAUGGUGGUUGCUGCAGCUUUGGCUCUCUUUACAAGAAGUUUAGACUGAAUGCACGCUUAAGGACUAAAAAAAGCAGGUGCUGCUUGAAUUGAUUUAACAAGCAGCUGCUCUAUGAUUUAGAAUGAAUCAGCAGAAAUUUUAAAGUAUCAUAUGCUUAAUGACAUGUAUUAUUUUUUUCUGUUUACACAUUUAUUAGCCAAUAUUUGCUUUCCUGAUUUCCCAUACAGUACGCACUAGUCAAACCUUCUUCGAUUGUCCACUUAAUACACCACAGAAAAGUGGUAUUUAUACAACAGGUAAGCUAGCUUUAUAUCCAGGUGAUUCAACAUAGAAAUUCACUAUAGGCAGAUGGCCUUAAGAAUAGGUUGACUGUAAUUACUGCAUCAUUUAAGUCAUGCUUGUAUUGCUUUAUUCCCAACCUAAUAAAUCAUAUUUAGUAAAUUAGUAUUUAGAUAACAGUGUUAUGUUGUUAAGUGAUUGAGUAAGGCUAAGCUUACUCAAUGGCAAGGCUUUCAUUCCUACCCCAUCUGAGUUAGUUGGAAAUGUCAGUUUUACCAUUGCAGCCAGCGUUAACAAUAGUGUAUUUCAAAACAUAGGAAUGGAAAAACUGAGUGAUCAUUAGAUCCUGAGGAAAGGGAAAAGUAAUUGUCAUGGGGGUGCCAGCACAACACUUUCAACACAACAUUGAAGUUGUGCCUUUGUAGUCACAUAUUUCUGGACUUUUGCUGCUGGGAUAAGGUUCAUAUUGAUAGGGAAACCAAGUUGUGAACACCAGCGGUGAUAGCACCCAUUCUUACUUCCACUAACACACUAAAGAGACUGAACUGAACAUUUACUUUUUAGCUUAAACAAUGCACAUCUCUAGGAGCAAUUUGGAAAGCUCUCUGGAGUCAGACCAGGGCCCUUGAAACUAUAUAUAUAUAUAUUUUUUUUUUUAAUGUUAGUUCUUUUUAAAAUUGCGAACCAUGUUGAUUAUUUUUUGACAAUUGCCAUUGUUAAUGUAUUAUUUCAAAUAAGCAUUCCUUGUGACUUUUAAAUUUUUUUCUGAUUUUUGAGAAAAAUUGGUUCAAAUACCAUCUUUUUAAAAUUACAAACCAAAAGGUUUUAGCUUUUAAUAGCAUUAUUUUCUUGCAUCUUGACUUUCUAGUACUUUUCAGCAUAGGCUUUAUUUAUAACAUGUUCCCAAUUAGGAAUCAUUAUUGAUCACAGCUAGUUUUAGGUCACCGGUGCUUAUUUCAUAGUUUGUGUCACUAAAGAAAGUACUGUACAGUACUUCAUAUGCUUACCCCUUUAAAAAAAAAUCUCAGUUCCUAUAUAGUGUAGUUUUGAAUUCAUUAUUUUAAUUGAAGUUGCCAACCAUUUUGAUAUUUGGUACAUAUAAUUUUUACAAACAGAGUAUACUUGUAUUUCAAAACGUAUGCUGUGCUUGGGAUAUUUAACGGAUAUUUAAUAUAAUUAGUGCCACUCCCGUGCAUUAACAGUACUCCAUUACUGCGUGGCAGAUGACACUAUAAAUGUAAUGUAAUAAAUGUUUUUUAAGUUUAUUAUUACCCAAGAAGAACAUGUUGUCAUACUCAAAAUGAAAAGCAGUCAUUUUGGUUUUGAGUAGUAGAACGUUGUUAUUAAAAUGUCGAUGUAAUCAGGAAUAACCAAGGCUGACUUUAAAAAACAGAGACAUAAAUCAAGUGUGAACCACUGAAAGUCAGGUUCUAACCUCAGCACUGUUUGUUAACAGCUAUUUGAUUUCAUUUGUACUCAUGUUAGAGGUCUUGCUGAGUUAUUUUUUUGUGGGGCUAAAAUUAUGAACAUGUUUCAUUUUAUAUUUUUAAAGCUUUUUAUAUAUAUGAAGUCUUUUGUUUUUUUUGUUGUUGUUAUAGCUUUUUUUUUUUACAAUUAUGUUGGUUCUGGCCAUCUUUUUUCAUAUACAGGGAAGGCAAGAGGAAAACAGUAUUUUAACCAAUGUAGCAGAACAUGAACUUGCAAUGGUGUUGCAAUGUAGACAUCGAAAAACAAACAUCAGGUACCAUUUUUUUUAACAGAUCUUUUGUAACAGUGUUACAGUUUUUUUUACAUAAUCACAUAGGGUUUAUCGAUCUGUGUUUUACGGAAUUACAAAAUGGAUAUUUCUUAGAUGGGUUUAUAGAGAAGUAUUUUGUUCUACACAUUUUUUUUGUUUGUUUGAUUUUCUUAUUUUUAUUGUCUUCAGUCAAGUUUUUUUUCAUUUCAUUUGACUGAAGUAUAUCUUCAAAACAUGUUUUACACCAUAUACAGGUGUUUUCAUCACAAUGUGUGGAAUGUUACCCCUGCUUUUGACUGUGACUUGAUACUUAUAAUGAUGCUGCCAAAAUGUUCUGUAUUGAUGGUGGUUAUUAUUCAAAACACAGAAAGCAUUUGUUUGUAUCCCAUAAAUCCAUUGGCUGCUGAGUCUAAAAUAAAUGCACUGUAUGUCCAUAAAUUGUACUCACAGCUGUAUUCACAAUGAAAAGAAAUGUAAAGCAUUGCACAAUGUUAUUUAUUCACUAAAAUAGGAAUGUAAGCACAGGAGUGUGCAAAGGACAGGGCAGUUAUCAGAGUGGUGUCCAGUUUUAAGUGCUUUUUAAUCACUAUGUAUUGUGACCUUGCAGCAGCAGUCAAUGGAGUUUUGCUAGUCCUGUUGUAACACUUUGGAUGACCAUAUUGUUUUCUGAUGUCCAAUAAAUAUUACU